AUGGCAUCUUCAAACACUUCCUACUCUCCCUGCGCUGCCUGCAAGUUCUUGAGGAGGAAAUGCAUGCCAGGCUGCAUCUUCGCACCCUACUUCCCACCAGAGGAGCCUCAGAAGUUCUCUAACGUCCAUAAGAUAUUCGGAGCAAGCAACGUCACCAAGAUCCUCAACGAUCUCCUCCCCCACCAGCGAGAAGAUGCGGUCAACUCCCUUGCCUACGAAGCCGAGGCUCGCAUCAAAGAUCCAGUCUACGGAUGCGUUGGGGCAAUCUCCGUCCUCCAGAGGCAAGUCCAGAGGUUGCAGAAGGAGCUUGACGCCGCAAACGCCGAGCUGCUUCGUUAUGCUUGCAACGACAUUCCGACAGGGAUGCCUGUGGGGCCGCUGGUAGCGCCACCCUCAUCGGUUGCGACCCACCAAGGAAUUGAGUUUCGUAGGGUGAUUGCGAAUGGGGGAGGCUCCUUCUUUCCAAUCACUGGUUUGCCCAUUUCUUUUCCUCCUGCGUGGGGUGGUACUACUCUCUCUGCAGACCUGGGUGAAAGGCAAAGAAGGGAGAAUCACAUAUGA